AUGGCGGACGCUCUAUGUGGUCCAUCAAAUGCGCUGCAGAACUUUCAAAAACAUACUGCAGUCGAUCGAACACUACAGCAGGAUCGCAUAGUAAAUCGCCAUCCAUCUACACAGAACUUCCGAUCACAACAUCACAACGCCGCCGUCCUAGAUCCCGAGUUUGAAGCAUUCGAGAAGAACUUUGUUGGAAAUGCGCCCCCUCAAUUAAUCCCAAGCGGGCCUGCUUUUGCCGCCCCGGUUCACUCUCAAUCUCUACAUAGAUUUACUGCACCUGAAGCCGACUGGGCGUCCGAUUUUCAAAAGUUGCAAGUAUCUGGCCCGUCUGCAAAUAUACAACAAAACCAUGCCAUGCCCAAUCAGGCUUUUCGUCCGGCUGCUAUGAACGGCUGGCAAAAUGAGUUUAUGCAGCAUCAACAACCCCAACAGCAACAGAGUGAUCAGCCUCAAUUCCGACAAGGUCCGAUGACGAGCUUUCAGCCUUCUUUCAUGCCGAGCUAUCAAGGCAUGAAUGGCGUGGCAGCACCUGCUCCGGUAGAUCAAGGAUUAAUGCAAACGACAUCUACUGCGCCAGCCGCGUUUGACGAAUCUGCAUUCGAAGCUGCAUUUAAUCAGGCCCAAGCCGAUAUGCAUGAGCAAGAGAUAGCACUUUCCGAACAACAUCAAAUAUCCGAAGAAGACCUUCAGUCGAAAGAAGUUGAACCUACACUGGAAGCUGAAGCCGCUGAACAAAUACGAAUAGGCUCCGAUCUAAUCGGGACCACCGAAGAAUCGACCGCUCAAGAACAUAAAGAAGACCCCGAUGAACUAGCACGAACCGCAGGCCAUCUUCUCGACAGUCUGAGUCAUGAUACAAGUCAAAAGUUCAAGGAAAGCAGCUUUCUCGCUUUAAUGCGUCGCAUCAGAGAUCGGGAAGUACAUAUCGAGGGCGACGAAUUUCGCGAAACGCAACAGCCCUUACACCCGGGUGGGAAGGAUUAUCCUGGAAAGCGCAGGCCUGGAGGCCUUGACUCGGAUCAAAUACGUCCAGAAUAG